UGGGCGCCAUAUUUGAUACGUUAGAAGCUAGCUGUUAGCAUUAGCUGUUUACAAAUCUUAACUUUCCAUAUUUUCAGGCGUUAAACGUAGAUAGAUCUCUUACAUUGUACCAAAAUGAGUGCUAUAGACCAUGUCCGUGAUAUGGCUGCUGCUGGCCUUCACUCAAAUGUUCGGAUUUUGAGCAGUUUGUUAUUGACGAUGAGCAAUAAUAAUCCAGAGCUGUUCACUCCAGCACAGAAGUACCAGCUGCUGGUUUACCAUGCAGACGCCAUAUUCCAUGACAAAGAAUACAGAAAUGCAGCCUGUAAGUACACUAUGGCCCUGCAGAUGAGAAAAGUCCUCAGCAAAACCUCCAAAGUCAGGACCUCAGCUGGAGGAGCUGCAUCUACCAUACAAGCACAGAGUUUGCCAUCAGAAAUUGAGGUUAAAUACAAGAUCGCUGAAUGCUACACCAUACUGAAACUAGACAAAGAUGCCAUCGCAGUGCUUGAUGGGAUUCCUUCAAGGCAAAGGACACCAAAGAUCAACAUGAUGCUGGCAAACCUGUACAGAAAAGCUGGUCUGGAGCGGUCUGCAGUGACCAGUUACAAAGAGGUGCUCAGACAGUGCCCUCUUGCUCUUGAUGCAAUUAUUGGUCUCCUCUCAUUGUCAGUUAAAGGGGCAGAAGUUGCCUCUAUGACAAUUGAUGUGAUUCAGACCAUCCCAAACCUGGAUUGGCUCUCGGUCUGGAUCAAGGCAUACGCAUUCAUUCAUGUAGGGGACAACCAGAGGGCCAUCAACACCAUAUGCUCUCUGGAGAAGAAGUCUCUGUUGAGAGAUAAUGUGGACUUGUUGGUGAGUUUGGCAGAUGUAUACUUCAGAGCCGGAGACACUAAAAAUGCUAUCCUAAAAUUUGAACAAGCACAAAUGUUGGAUCCGUAUUUAAUUAAAGGUAUGGAUGUAUAUGGGUAUCUUAUGGCUCGUGAAGGACAUUUAGAAGAUGUUGAGGUUUUGGGAGGACGAUUGUUCAACAUUUCAGACCAACAUGCAGAGCCCUGGGUCAUCUCCGGUUGUCACAGUUUCUACAGUAAGCGUUACUCACGUGCACUGUACCUGGGAGCCAAGGCAAUACAACUGAACAGUAACAGUGUGCAAGCACUUCUCCUGAAGGGGGCAGCACUGAGGAACAUGGGUCGAGUGCAGGAGGCCAUCAUUCACUUCAGAGAAGCCAUGCGCCUGGCUCCAUGUCGACUUGACUGCUAUGAAGGCCUGAUUGACUGUUACCUUGCAUCUAAUGGUAUCCGAGAGGCAAUGGGGAUGGCCAAUAACAUUUAUAAGACUCUGGGGGCUAACGCUCAGACGCUGACAAUCCUCGCCACAGUCUGUCUCGAGGACCCAGUGACCCAGGAGAAGGCCAAGACUCUGUUAGACAAAGCCCUGGCCCAGAGACCGGACUAUACCAAGGCUGUGGUCAAGAAGGCUGAGCUUCUCAGUCGAGAGCAGAAAUAUGAAGAGGGAAUAGCUCUUCUGAGAAAUGCAUUGGCCAAUCAGAGCGACUGUGUGCUGCACAGGAUGUUGGGAGAUUUUUUGGUGGCUGUGAAUGACUAUCAAGAGGCAAUGGACCAGUACAGUAUAGCUCUAAGCUUGGACCCAAAUGACCAGAAGUCAUUGGAGGGGAUGCAGAAGAUGGAGAAGGAGGAGAGUCCGACAGACGCCACAGUGGAGCUGGACGGGGACGAUAUGGAAGGCAGUGGUGAGGAGGGCGAGCUGGAGGGCAGUGACAGUGAAGCAGCGCAGUGGGGAGAUCAGGAGCAGUGGUUCGGUAUGCAGUGACCCAGGGCGGGAGAGGGGCUUGGAUGGGUUGGUCAGUAGUGGUAAGAGUAGGUAAAAUAGCUAGUACGGUAAUCUUGCUCUUUGAAAACAGUUGUAACAAAACUAACACUAAUGCUGAAAAAUAAAUGGCGGCUUUAUAAUGUGAUGCUGUGGUGUCCAGGCGUAGUUGGAGCCUAUACCAGAAGUGGGGUCUCACCUGGAAAAAGUUGGACCCUGCCAAAUUUUGCAGUCGGCCAAUUUGUCACAUAUAUUCACCCAAAGAAUGUAAUGUUGCAUAUAUUCAGUGUUACCCUUUUACUGUGACAGGGUGGCAUAGGGAAUCCUAAAUUGCAUUAUUUUAUGCCUCUUUAUCUUGAUGUCAUACUUUUUUCCAGCUCAUUUGUUGUACCAUUUUUUCAAUGAAUGUCCCAAUGCAAAACUUUUUAACAAAAAAAUAGACUACAAUAAAAACAAUUUAUUGUACUAAAAACAUAGAAAAGCAAGCAUCAUUACUGUGAGCGGGCUUGCAUCUCCACCUGAAUGUUACUUAGCCAAGCACCUACUCCUGCUAAUCUCCAUGGAAAUGUUGUUCCUUUGGCCAUGAUAUUCCACAGUAUGGCAUAAAAUUUAUCUCUCUCCAUGGAAAAACAUAUUUGCAUAGGUUAUUGAAUUUGGCUUAAACUCCACAAAAUGACAAAAGUAAAUGUGAAAAAAAAAAAUUGUGUUAAAGUAAUUGCUCUGUUGAUUGUUAUGUUGUUAUAUUUACUCCUGAGUUUAACUUGUAAACAUGCUAAUCUUGUUUUUUCAAACCUGGGGAAGUGUUACCAUUUCAAGAACACAGUUGUUUAUAGUAUUUUGUACAUAUUUUUUAAGAUGUAUAAUAAAAGUGUCUAUCUGUGUUUUUGUCAAGA